UUACCGGGACGAGCGCUCACUUCGAAUAGUUUUCACACUGUUUGUGUCGACUUUGCUGUGCUGUUUUUUUUUCUCCUCGUUCUUCGCAGUUUUAGGUUAGGCGAAAAUGGCUGCCCUAAAGUUUUCGUGGCCCUGCUGGACUCUGGGGCUCGCCGUCGUUGCUGUCACCGGGUCCACAUUCGCCGCCCAGCGGGUCUUCACACGUCACACUGGGAUGAACCUCACUUUGGAAUUUCAGGCUCCCGCUGGCAGUGACCAUGUGCGGCUAGUAAGACUUGGCAGUGAUAAAUAUAUCUUCUAUUGCCGAGAUGGGCACCCCAUCCAUCCCAAAGACCAGGAGGAGUCGUUUAAGGGCCGGGUGGAGGGGACGGACUGUGAUAAGAUCAACGGCACCGUCACCAUACCUCUGCUCAAUCUGACCAGUAGUGACAGCGGGGCGUAUGAGUUUCACGGCGUGGACAGUGAUGGAAGACGGUUCAGUGAAACCAUCAUCCUGAAUGUUACUGACCCUGAUGAGAGACGCUCAUUCACAGCAUUACCUACCACAAACCGUAAAGUCAUCACAGCUGAGUCUGGACAGACUGUCACUCUGCCAUGUCAAGCUCCAAACAACAACAACAUCAUGGCUGUGGAGUGGAGCAGAGCUGACCUGGAGACACAAUAUGUCCUUCUUUACCGGGAUGGGCAAUUUAUUCCAGACGAUCAGCAUCCAUCUUUUAAGAACCGGGUGGAUCUGCAGGACAGACAGAUGAAGGAUGGAGACGUGUCUUUGAUUCUGAAGGAUGUGAUGACUGAUGACACAGGAACGUACGAGUGCCGUAUCUUCACAAGAGGAACAAACAGCACGAAGAGGGCGAUUUUCGAUGGGGACCCCAUCAGCCUCGUCCACCUGAGAGUUGUUGGUCCUCCAGGAGGACACACAGAGGACGGAUCUGCUGGACUCAGAGCCGGCCUGCAGCUUCCUGCCAUGGUCAUCGUUGCUGUUGUUGGUUUUUUUCUGUACAGAAAACACAAAAAGCGAAAGCGUCCCGGUUCAUACUCUCAUGUGUGAACCGUCAUGUAGAUGCAGCUGAGCUGUGACUCUCCUGCUGCUGUUCUCGGUUUUGGGACAGAAAUAAGCUGUAAAAACGAUCUGUCUCUCUCCUCUCUGACCUGGGUUCUGCUGGAGGUUUCUUCCUGUUUCAAACUCUUCUUUUGGCUGAUGGUCGGGGUCUUCUCUCUGAGAUUGGAGAGUCUGUACUUCACCAUGUAAAUCACCUUGAGGUGACUGUUGUUGUUAUUCAGUGCCGUAUAAAUGAAAAUGCCCUGAGCUGACCUGUUCUGCGCAGUUAUUAACAAAUCUUUAUAUUUUCUAUGUGAAUGUGAAGAUAUCUUCAGCUACCAGCACUGACAGUUUGCACAGAACAGGAUGAAGAUUUACUUCCAUAUGUGAAGAACAGCUGUUCAUGUUAUAAAUGUGUGUUUACUUUAUUUAGUUAUCAGUGAUAAGACGAUACUGUCUGUGUGCUGCAGGAAAACAAAAGGACCAUUUUUGGGGGCAAAAAACAAGUUUUAAGCAUUUGAGAUUGUGUGUGUUGUAGUUUUCUGACGUUUAUGACUUUGAGGAAGUGUUUUCUUAAAGCCAAAGAGCUCCUGCUCUGAGUUUUACUGAGACGCAGAGCUUGAAACGAAGGCGCUUCCUUUCUGCUGUAAAAUGUUCAAAGAUCUUCUCCUGAGGAGACUUCACUCCAGGAACACGAAUACAAAACUCAUCAAGGAAGAAUAAAAA